GCGAUCGAAUGCAAAAGAAAGAAAGUUUAAUUUAUUGAGUCACAAUAUAAAAACACUAACAAAUAUUUCUAUUUGCACAAAAAAAAUAUAUUGUUAUUUUUAAAUGGCAAUAUUUUGUAUUGUUGAUUAUUUAAUGAAAAGAAAACAUAAAUUCGAUUUGACUAUUUUGUAUAAAACUGGAGCAUUUUUGCUAAUUAGCUUACAUCAAAUUUAUUUUACAUUUGCAACGGCUUUGUGCAGUUUUCCUGGAUGUCCAGCUCACGGUUCAAUAGUUUUUUCUAACGAAAUUUUGGAGGAUGGAACAAUUGCGUCCUAUUAUUGUGAAAGGGGAUUUGAACUUUUAGGACCAGUAAGAAAAAUAUGUGAAAAUGGUAAUUGGUCACCGUCAGGAAUACCGUUCUGCGUUAUAAACGUUGCAACCGGAAAAGCUCCAAUGCAAAUUUCAACAGAAGAGCAGGGCGUUUCACAAAAAGCAAUAGACAGCUCUACUUCAAUGUUUUUUGACAAAAAUACCUGUACGUUAACCAAAGCAGAGAAGCACCCAUGGUGGUAUGUUAAUUUGCUCGAGCCUUAUAUGGUGCAACUUAUACGAUUAGAUUUUGGAAAAUCAUGUUGUGGAAAAAAUCCUGCUAUUGUUGUAGUAAGAGUGGGUAAUAGCCGACCUGAUAUGGGUGUUAAUCCAAUCUGUAAUAAGUUUAUUGGUUUUAUUGAAGAAGGUCAACCGCUUUUUCUUCCAUGUAAUCCUCCUACCCCUGGGGCUUUUGUAUCAGUACAUUUGGAAAAUGACGAGCCUAAUCAUCUUUCCAUAUGUGAAGCGUUUGUCUACACAGAUCAAGCACUGCCCAUUGAAAGGUGUCCCAUAUUUAGAGAUCAACCCCCGGGUGCAACUGCAUCUUAUAAUGGGAAAUGUUAUAUGUUUUAUAACAAACAACUUUUGGGUUUUAAUUCUGCGCAGUCAUUAUGUGAAUCUAGAAAUGGUACGCUUAUCAAUGAAAUUAAUCCGGCUCUGCAAGGAUUUAUUAGUUGGGAACUUUGGAGAAGACAUCACGUUAGUUCGUCUUCACAUUUUUGGUUAGGAGCGGUGCGAAACAAAACUACAAAGAUUUGGAAAUGGAUUAAUGGUGGACAUGUUCUAGUAUCCUUUUGGAAUAAUAUAGAUAGUUAUGGCGACUGUGCUAUAUUUGACGGCUCUAAAGGAUGGUUAUGGAGUGUUGCGGAGUGCGAUAUGAAACUAAAUUUUAUUUGCCAACAUCAACCAAGUACGUGCGGAAAUCCUGAGCAGCCACCUAAUUCAACAAUAGUAGCCAACAAAGGUUUUGAAGUCGGAUCAAAAGUAUUUUAUUUUUGUGAUCCGGGUCAUCUUUUAGUUGGAUCUCCAGUUAGAGAAUGUUUAGAAACAGGAUUUUAUGGAGAAUUUCCACCUGUAUGCAAGUAUAUUGAUUGCGAUAGACCUGCUUCCAUACCUUUUGGUUCUUUUAUAUUGAUAAAUGAGACAACUACAUAUGAAUCUAUAGUUAAAUACUCAUGUAACCAAGGAUAUGAAAUAAAAGGCAAAAAUAUUUUAAAAUGUGACAUGGAUGGUAGAUGGAAUGGUCCUCCACCAAGUUGUCAGAUAACUGAAUGCGAAGCAUUGUCAACAGGUAAUAGGAACAUUAUUAUUGACAUUACCAAUGGAACACUUUAUCAAUCAAAAGCAAAAAUUAAAUGUAAAGAUGGUUAUAUCCUAGACGGUGUUAAUAUUUUAACUUGCAAGGAAGAUGGCCAAUGGGAUCAUUCUUUACCAGGAUGCAGGCAGAUAAGCAUAAAAUCUUCAACAACCAAAGAAAAUGUUUUUGUAAAAACCACAGCAAGAGGUAAAAUUGAUGAUCAUAAGGACAAAAAGGUUUUCAACAAAUUGAGUAAGAAUCAAGAUUCACGAAGGAAUACCUCAAAAAUUUCUAAUUUGAACAACAACAUUGAAACAAAAUCAAAACUUUUAAUAGAGAAUAAUGGCGUAAGUGCGAUAAAUGAUCACCAAAGAAACCAAAUUUCACAUGUAGAAACGACUGUAAAUACUAGAGGACACAACGUCAAACAGUCAAAAAGUUCAUUUAAACUUAAUUUCGCAUCUCUAGUUUCCGUAGGAGUAUUUGCAGGCUUUAUAUUGUUGUCAACAACAAUAACAUCAUUAGUGCUACUAUUUAAAAGAAUGCACUUAUCAAGGCGACAUUACAAGCAAAAGAGGUCGGCUGAUUGUAAGACAAUAGCUUCGAUAGAUAGUUCUUUAUCAAGUUCCACCAAUGGUUUAAAUAGAUACUAUAGACAAGCAUGGGAAAAUCUGCAUGAGUUUGCAAAUAAAAGCAAUUUAAAUUACAAUUAUGGGAUUAAAACAAAAAAAGAGUAUCCAGAAAGUCGGAAUAAGAGACACCAUCAUCAUCAUCAUCACCAUAGAAACGACCAAUGUAAUUUUGUUGCUCCAUCUAAAAGGCAUUAGAAACAAAGUUCGAACAUAAGCUUUUAUUUAUUAAUUUUUUGUAUUCAAAACGUUUAUAUUAUUUACAGCUAAAUGAUGUAUUUUACCUAAGUGUAGCAAACUAAUUACAUAUGCAAAACACGCUUAUAAAAUUUGUAAAUCAAAUUAAACAAAGUGAAAUACUGAGAGAUGUGUUUUGAUUAAAGUUAUACAUGCAUGAGGCUGCUUCCGGCAUAUUCAAAAUGAUGGCCAU